CCUUUUCUGGUGCUGCCGAGGCGGCGGGCGGCAGAGGGAGGGCAGCCCGGGGGAUGCGAGGCGGCCCCGGCGCACCAUGGCCGGGUUCGUACCGCUGCUGCUGCUCCUGCUGCAGGCGGGACCCACCUGGGGCUCCAAGGAAAAGUGCUUGACCGAGAUGUACACGACGAGUGGUGAGUGCUGCAAAGCCUGCAACCUGGGCGAGGGCGUUGUGCAGCCCUGUGGGGUCAACCAGACCGUCUGUGAGCCCUGCCUGGACAGUGUGACCUACUCGGACACAGUGAGUGCCACAGAACCGUGCAAGCCCUGCACGCAGUGCGUGGGGCUGCACAGCAUGUCUGCACCCUGCGUGGAGUCAGACGACGCCGUUUGCCGCUGCGCCUACGGCUACUUCCAGAAUGAGCUGAGCGGGAGCUGCAAGGAGUGCAGCAUCUGUGAGGUGGGCUUUGGCCUCAUGUUCCCCUGCCGGGACACACAGGACACUGUCUGUGAGGAAUGCCCUGAGGGCACCUUCUCUGAUGAGGCCAAUUUUGUGGAUCCCUGCCUGCCCUGCACCAUCUGUGAGGAGAACGAGGUGAUGGUGAAGGAGUGCACGGCCACCUCUGAUGCGGAGUGCAGAGACCUCCACCCGCGCUGGACAACGCACACCCCAUCCCUGGCAGGUUCUGACAGCCCCGAGCCAAUCACCAGGGACCCCUUCAACACCGAGGGGAUGGCCACCACCCUGGCAGACAUUGUCACCACCGUCAUGGGCAGCUCGCAGCCUGUCGUGAGCCGUGGCACUGCUGAUAACCUCAUCCCCGUGUACUGCUCCAUCCUGGCAGCCGUGGUGGUGGGGCUGGUGGCUUACAUUGCCUUCAAAAGGUGGAACAGCUGCAAGCAGAACAAGCAGGGAGCCAACAACCGCCCUGUGAACCAGACGCCUUCCCCGGAGGGGGAGAAGCUGCACAGCGACAGCGGCAUUUCAGUGGACAGCCAGAGCUUGCACGACCAGCAGCCGCCCAACCAGAGCACACAGGGACCAGCACCAAAGGGAGACGGGAACCUGUAUGCCAGCCUGCCGCCCAGCAAGCAGGAGGAAGUGGAGAAACUGCUGAGCAGCUCGGCGGAGGAGACGUGGCGGCAGCUGGCCGGGGAGCUGGGCUACAAGGAGGACCUCAUAGACUGCUUCACGCGGGAGGAAUCGCCCGCCCGAGCGCUGCUGGCCGACUGGUCAGCCAAGGAGACGGCCACUCUCGAUGCCCUCCUGGUGGCUCUCCGGAAGAUCCAACGUGGGGACAUCGCUGAGAGCUUGUACAGCGAGUCCACCGCCACCUCACCGGUGUGAAGGGCGGCCUGGGGGGGGGAGGUGCAGCCAGGGGUCCCCUGCCCUGCUGCCUCAUUGUCUCCCCCCUCCCUGGCACCGAGAGCCCUGGAGAGGAAGAUGGGGAGGAAGAGGGGGCCCCCCACCCCUCCUCGCUUUAUGGCCCUGUAUGCACUGAGCUCCUGUUUUCGGUAUCGCCCCCUCCCACCUCCGCCUCCCCCUGGCAGCCCAUAACCCGGGCUCAGGGUCCUGCUCUGUGCCUGCUCCCGAAGCAGUCUUGAGGGCAGGAGUGAGCACCACUCUCAGGUCUCUCCUCUCUCCAUUUCUAACGCCUUCUCCUGGUUCCAGGUCUCCAUCCUACCCUUUUUUCCAUUGUCUUUCUCACUGUUGUCUUCUGCUCCCAUCUGAUGCCCCCAAAUUCAGCUGCUUUCCCCAAGCUGCAAGCAAAGAGCAGAGCUGAGGUGGG